AUGUCUACCAUAACAGGAAAAAAUUAUUUGAUUGAUGCUGGAUACCCUAUGCAGAAUGACUAUAUGAAGUCAUAUCCAGACACUAGGUACCAUAUUCCUGAUUUUGAGCGAGCAAGUGGAACUGUUCGUGGUAGGAAAGAAAUGUUUAACAAACGUCACUCUUCUUUACGUGGGAUAAUUGAAAGAAUAUGUGGAGUUUGGAAGAAGAAAUGUGUCAUCUUGCGUGAUAUGUCGUCAUAUUUAUUUCAGAAGCAGGUGCAUAUUGUGGUGGCAACAAUAGCACUUCAUAACUUCAUCCGACAACAUCUUUCACGUUCAAAUACAGACUUCAGUAUGGCAGAUAACAAUGGCCUGAAUUUCUAUGAAGAACCAUCAGAAUUUUUGAUCGGGUCUUCAGUUCCUGAGGUUGAGAAUGACUAUAAUGAAUUUGAAAUUUAUGAUGUUAUCUAUGACAGUUAA